AGAAGCGGCCGCAGCGCUGGACCAUGGUGCAGGCGGAGCUGCCGGGGCUCCUUCUCGCCCUGGUUUGGGUUUCCGUCUGGACCGACGACGCAAGCAAAGUUAUCUCGGAUCGCUACGCCGUGUACUGGAACAAGAGCAACCCCAGGUUCCACCGCGGAGACUACACAGUGGAGGUGAGCAUCAACGACUACCUGGACAUCUACUGCCCCCACUACGAGGAGCCGGGGCCGAGGGAGCGCCUGGAGCACUAUAUCCUGUACAUGGUCAACGCGGACGGCCACGCCUCUUGUGACCACCGGCAGAGGGGCUUCAAGCGCUGGGAGUGCAAUCGGCCCGUCUCCCCCAACGGACCCCUCAAGUUCUCCGAGAAGUUUCAGCUCUUCACCCCCUUCUCGCUGGGCUUCGAGUUCCGGCCGGGUCAUGAGUAUUACUACAUCUCCGCCACUCCCCCCAACACGGUGGACAGACCCUGCCUAAAGCUGAAGGUGUAUGUCCGGCCUACAAACGACUCUCUUUACGAGUCCCCGGAGCCCAUCUUCACCAGCAACAACUCAUGCAGUCGGCAGGCGGCCGUGUCCCAGCUCUUCCUCAGCGUGGUGCCCGUGGUCUGGACCGUGUUCACCUCCUAGUGGUCCACGGGGGGGACGGGUCGGCCCGGCCCAAGGGCUAUGGAUGGCCAGACCCUGGGUGGUGGUAGGGGCGAAGGGGUGCCGGCCAUUGCCGGACCAACUGGGACCCAACAACCCCGCCGAUCCAUAUGUGAUAAUAAUCCCAAGAACACGGAGGGCGAGGGGGAGCCGGCCUUGGGGGACACGGGAGGAUAUGGGGAGACUCUCCAGCGUCUGACCCUAAGCCUCCCCGGCUCAGCCCCGUGAUCCAUCUGGCCCACGACCGCGUCUCUGCCAGCGGCUCCGGGGUGCUCGGAGGAACCGGGUGCCGGUGGCCCUCCUGGACGCCCGUCCUCGUGGCCAGGGAUGGACGGACCAUCCGCCACCCCUGACUUUCCCUUCUGCAUCCCUGACUUCUCUUUCUGCUUGGGAUGGACAGAGGACACGGUGAUCCCAGGAGACACCCUCCCCCACCCCCCAUGUCCCCCCAGCAGGGAGCAGACAUGGAGUCUCCUGAAGAAGGGGACAAAUUCGGUGGGCGAGGGGGUGGGGACACACACACAACGGAUCUUGGGUUUCCUCCAGACCCUGUGCCCUGGACCGGCUGCCCCGCUGGACGGAGCCUCGGACCCUCUCCCUGCUCGAGGCCCUGUCUCUUCGGCUGGGGGCAACCCCCUCAAGCUUUGGAGAUUGUGCACGGCAGGGUGUUGAAGGGGGUGGGGUCGG